AUGGCCGCGGGGUCGGCGGGGCAGCGGCUGCGGGAGGAGGCGCGGUGCCCCGUGUGCCUGGACCUCCUGCGGGAGCCGGUGAGCGUGGACUGCGGCCACAGCUUCUGCCUGCGCUGCAUCUCCGAGUUCUGCGAGCGCGCGGCGGGCGCGCAGGGCGGCGUGUUCGCCUGCCCGCAGUGCCGCGGCCCCUUCCGGCGCGAGGGCUUCCGCCCCAACCGGCAGCUGGCCAGCCUGGUGGACGGCCUGCGGCAGCUGGGCCCCGGCGCCGGCCCCGCCGGCCCGCAGUGCGCGCGGCACGGCCAGGAGCUCGGCCUCUUCUGCGAGGAGGACCAGGCGGCGCUGUGCGGGGCGUGCGCCGCGGGCCCCGAGCACCGCGGCCACCGCGCCGCGCCGCUGCAGGAGGCCGCCCAGCGCCACCAGGCAAAGCUCCAGAUGGCCCUGGAGUUUGUGCGGAAGGAGAUGGAGGAGGCCUCGACUCAGGAGGCCAACGUGGGGAAGAAAACGGUCAUCUGGAAGGAGAAGGUGGAGACGCAGAGGCAGCGCUUCCGGCUGGAGUUCCAGAAGUACCGCGGCUUCCUGGCGCAGGAGGAGCAGCGGCAGCUGCGGCGGCUGGAGCUGGAGGAGCGCGCCACGCUGCAGCGGCUGCGCGAGGGCCAGCGCGGGCUGGCGCAGCGGGGCCGGGCGCUGCGGGAGCUGGCGCGGGAGCUGGAGGACCGCUGCCGGCUGCCCGCGCUGGACCUGCUGGAGGGCGUGAGAGGAACCUUGAGCCGAAGUAAGAGUAUCACGCAGCUGGAACCGGAGACCAUCCCCCUGGAGCUGAAGACCAUGUGUCGAAUCCCUGGGAUGAGAGAAAUGUUGAGGAAGUUCCAAGUUGACGUAAAGCUGGACCCGGCCACAGCGCACCCCAGCCUCCUCUUGACCGCGGACCUGCGCAGCGUGCAGGAUGGGGAACUGUGGAGGGAUGUCCCCAACAACCCCGAGCGAUUUGACACGUGGCCCUGUGUCCUGGGUUUGCAGAGCUUCUCAUCAGGAAGGCAUUACUGGGAGAUCAUGGUGGGAGAAAGAGCAGAGUGGGGGUUAGGAGUCUCUCAAGACACAGUGGCCAGAAAGGGGGAAACGACACCGUCUCCCGAGAACGGAGUGUGGGCCAUGUGGCUGCUGAAAGAGAACGAGUACAUGGUGCUGGCCUCCCCGUCGGUGCCUCUCCUCCACCUGGAACGGCCUCGGCGGGUUGGGAUUUUCUUGGACUAUGAAGCAGGUGAAAUCUCCUUUUAUGACAUCACAAACGGGUCUUACAUCUACACUUUCAGCCACCUGUUCAAUGGUGUUCUCCGACCUUACUUCUUCAUCUGUGACACAAAUCCUCUCGUCCUGCCACCUAUGACAGAAGCAGAGUCAGGAAAUGGCGCAUCCAGCAGUCAUCCUAACCCUGCUUCUACCGUUGGAGAUGACCAUCCCUAG